AUGUUCUCCUCUAGAAAUAUAAUAGGCACUCCAAAGCGGGACGCAAAUAUUAAUGCAGGCUCAAAUAAGAUAGACUUCACGCCAAUAGGUAGAUCGAAGCGAAACGUACACUUGCAAGAAAACAACCAAAAUAGACCUCAAGUGCAUAGAUUCGAUGAUACCAUGAACUCUUCCUUUGAUCAUACUGGUGAUGAUUUUUACAUGGAUUCCACCAUUAACUCCUUCAAACAACAGCAGCAACAGCAGCAAAAGCCUGUGCAAGCCAAGUUUAAUCCAAAUGUAGCCAAGGUCGGACCAUCUAGAUAUGGUAAUUCGCAUAUUCUUAACAACGGUGGAUUCACAUCCAUCAAGGAACAACAACUGGAAAAUCAGAAACUUGAGACAGAAAACUACAAUCUUAAGAUCAAGUUGGCUACCCUCACCAAAUUCCUUGAUCAGACUCCCGAGGAACAGCGAGACUUGUUGAACCAGAAUAUUGAUCUUAAGCAACAACUAAUGCACUAUGCUACAGAAAUUCGUACUUUAAAAGAAACAGUGCGAGAAUUGCAAUAUCUGACAAAUAAGGAGAAUGUGGACGAUGAUGUAUUGCAGCAUCAAUUCGAAAGCAAGGAGGAUUUCGAGCAUGAGAAGGAAAGGUUGAGAGAAGAAUAUAAGAUGAUGGUUGAAAAAUAUGAGAGGGACCUUGAUCAACUCAGCGAACAGUCUCAGAAGAAGAUACAGCCAUUAUCCCAAGAAGUUAAUAAACUACUUAUUGAGUUGGAAGAAUCGAAAGAUGAUUUCCGUCGCCUUCAAGGUAAUAACUCCGAAUUGAGGGAACAGUUGGAUGCUAUAGAGAGUAAACAUGAAACUUUACAGAAAGAAUACGAAGCGUUGAACCUAAAAAUACAACACACAAAUUCACAGUCGAAUCAUGAGGUUGAGGACUUAUACAAUGAAUUGGCGGACAAAAAGCAGCAAUUGAAUGAAUCUGAGCAUGUUGUUUCGAAUUUAAAGAGGGAGCUUUCCAGUAGUAAAGACGAAUUAAGUUCUUUACAAAGAGAAAUAACUCACUGGAGGUCCAAGUACCAACUGGCAGAAAAUGACUCCAACAAUGAGAGUAGACAAACAUUAAAAGAUUUGAACUUGGCUAAAGAAGAAAUCAGGAGCUUGAAAACUAAAUUGAGAGAUUUGGAGUUUGAAAAUACUUCAAUUAAGAGAAGUGAGAAUGUAGAAAGUGGUGAGAUCUCAAGGUUAACUUCGAAAAUUGAAAACUUAUUAAAUGAGUUGAAAGAAAAGGAUAAGGAGGAAUUUAAUUUAAGAAGUCAAAUCAAUGCGCUUAUCAAAAAGGCCCAAUCCAAUUUAAAAGACGACUCAUCACUCAAAUACUAUCAAGACCAAUGUGAAAGUUUCAAAAAUAAGGAAGUAAAACUCAAAGAGGAAUUGAGGAAAAUGGAAAUCGAAAUUAUAGAGUUACGUCAACAAUUAACUCAUUCCUCUGGAGUAAAUGAUAACGUAAAGAAACUUCAAGUUGAGAAUAAAGAAUUGCGUCACCAAUUGGAUCAUUCUGCUGGCGUAAACGAUCACAUCAAGAGGCUCCAAGGAGAAAAUAGGGAAAUUAAUGACAAGCUUGAUUACUAUGAAGAAGAGUAUGCAAGGUUAGAGAGGGCUUUUAAGAAGGCAGAAGAAGAUCUUCAAAACGAGCAAAGAAAAUAUGAGCAAAGAAUCAAACAGUUUGAGUUUGAAAAUCAACAACUAAUUGACAAAAUCAAGAAUACUCAUGUGAACAAUAGUGCCAGCCACAGUGCCUUGGAUGAGUUGGAAGCCUUAACGCGCAGAAAGCUUGAAGGCGAAAAGCAACAGUUAAUAGGGGAGAAUGAUUCACUCAAAUAUGAACUUAGUAUGUUAAAGAGAGAAUUGGACAUGGAAAGAACUUUGAGAGAACAGCAACAGCUUCAGCAUCAGAAACAACAACAAUAUACCGAAUCCAGAGACUCUAGAUCGUAUCCAUCAUUCGCGGCUAUGCCAAUGACUCCUACAACUCCGACUUCGAAUUAUCAUCAUCUAAUGGAAGACAAAGACGAUGCAAUCAGAGAUCUUCAGAAAAAGACAAGGAGAUUAGAACAAUUAAUUAACGAAAAAGAUUCGACUAUUGACACCUUGGAAGUCAAGAUAAGGGAAAUGGAUCGUGCUAAUAAAUUAAGUUAUUUGGUAGAUGACGAACAAAGAACGGAUUUAUUCAAAUUAAAGUCCAACCAAGCAUCAAAGAUAAAGAUUUUGGAACUUGAAAAUGAAAGCUUACAAACUGAAAUUGAAUAUUUUAAAAAGAAGUUGGAUGAAGCAAAGAUCUCAUCAUCUUCCGAAUCAAUUGUUGCACUUCUUGAAAAGCAGCUCAAGGACUCGAAGUCUAAGCAGGAAGAGUUGUCAAAUAAAUUGAAGAUCGCAAAUGAAGUUGACUGGAAGCUAGAAAAGGUUCAAAAGGAAAAUAGACAACUUGUUGAAUUGAUUUCAAAUUUGGAAGCCAGUGAGUCAAUGUACAAAUCUGAAAACUCUCAUUUGGAGAUCAGAACGAAGACAUUAACUCAAGAGUUGAAUAAAGCAAAGGCGAACUGUUCUAAAUUGGCAGAUAAGGUAAGAGAAAUGAGACAACAAGAAGAUUCACAAAAUCACUAUGAAGCAAACCACAAGUUUAAGAAAGUUCAAGAGUUACAAUUUAAGAAUUCCGAAUUAGAAAGAAAGCUCAAGACUUUGGAAGCCAAAUUUCAAUCUACGACCCCAAUUUCGGUAACCAAAGAAAACGAAUUAAAGUACUACAAGGCUAAGCUAUACGAUGUGAAUUUAAUGGCAAACGAUCUUAAAGUUAUGAAAGAGUUCAUAAUGAGCUCAAUAAAGAAUUCAAAUCAAUAUCUUAAAGAUGAUAUCGUAAAACUCACUAAAUGUGGUGUUUACCCAGAUUAUAGUACAAUGAAAAAUCAAGGGAAGAAGUUGACCUUUAAAGUGUUGGCCAAGUUUGUCUUGGCUGGAGUUCGUAUUAAGAAUAGAUAUGAACGAGCAGAAAAGAGAAAGCUACAAUUAUUUGACUUGAAAUCGGAUAUAGAAAGGGGAAGUAUGUAUAAAUAG